GAUGGAUUUUACCACUAAACCACUAAUGCCUGCUUAGUACAAUAUGUGGGAGCCAAAGGCAGACCUAUGAUGGUACUUCACGAACCGGGGUGGAAGCAGGCUGUGCUGCCGCCUCUCCAUGUACCUAACUUGCCUGACUGUGGGCUACCUAGGUCGGCCGAUCGCCAUCGUCGCUAUCGCCUCCCUCGUACGUAGCAAUUACUACGUGCACUCUCGCUAAAACAAGCCUGAAUAGAACAAGGACUAGGUAAUCAUCGUAGCUACCAGCCUCGCCAGCCUGCUUUCUCCAUAAGUUGGGGGUGGUUCGUAUCCGAGGCGAACCACCUUGGCACUCGCGUACGCCCGUCGCCGUCAAUUCCCGCUCCAUUAUCCUCCCCAUCUCAACUCGCAACCGACGACGCUGUUUCAACCCAACUUCGCGAUCGCGCGCCAUACUGGGAAGCCUUUGUCCAGCACAGCAUUGUACUGUCGCGCCGCCCACACCAUGACGGAGACCAAAGGCACCAUUGUCGUCACAGGGGCGAAUGGGGGGCUCGGUAGCGCCAUCGUGUCCACAAUAGUAUCGACACCCGAAUGGUCGCGAUACCACGGCGUGUAUACCGCGAGGGACGCCUCGACGGCUUCCGCGUUGAAAUCUGCUCUGCAGGCAUCACCCAGUAUCCACCCUCACCCGCACUCGAUCCUCUCACUUGAUCUUUCGCGGAUGGAAAGCGUGCGUGCCGUCGCUACGGAAAUCAAUGCCGGCGUCGAGGCGGGCGAGAUCCCGCCCAUUCGCGCUCUGAUCCUGAAUGCCGGAUGGAAUGAGUUCCAGUCCCAGACGUGGACCGAAGAUGGGUUCGACAUGGCUUUCGCCGUCAAUUACCUGGGCCAUUGGCUCUUAACUCUCCUACUCUUAAAAAGCAUGGACCGCGACGUGGGUAGGGUCGUGGUGGUCGGAAGUUUAGCUCAUGACCCGAAUGCCGACCAAAACAACGCCGGCGGACAGUUUACGGACAAGAAGUGGAAGGUGAUACUUCAAGAUGGCACAGAAUCAGUCGCAAAGGGUACCUGGAGUACCACCAGCGAAGAUGCAUCUUGGCGCGCGGGGUUUCGCCGGUACGGCGCUUCGAAGCUAUGCGAAUUGCUCAUGAUAGGCGAGUUGCAGCGACGGCUCGACGAGGACCCGGUCCUGCAUAAGGUCUCCGUGGUUGGCGUAGAUCCCGGGACGAUGCCUACCAACCUCAGCCGUCGCGGUCCAUGGGCAAUGCGCGUGCUGCUCGUUCAGUUCAUCCUCCCGCUAGUGGCCCGAAUCAUGAGUCUCAUCUCACCCAAUGGCAGCAUACGCACCGCUGCCAAGUCAUCCUGCGAUGUCCUCUCAGCCGCCUUUACGGUUGAGCACAGGAAUGGCAUAUACUUGGAUGGGAAGAACGAGACGGGCAUGAGUGCGGAAGCCCGGGAUGCGGAAAAGCAGGGGAUGCUUUGGAAAGACAGCGUAGGUUACGCGGAACUGAAGGAAGGGGAAACCAUCCUCGCUCACUGGACGUAAACCACUCGGUCAGCUCAUUAAGUACCUACUGAAGUCGCUCCACACAAUCCAAACGCCACAAUCAGUUCGACGCCGAUUGAAACAAGGUGCCAGUUGUCAGAAUAUAGCCCUUAAUAAGGGGGCACCUACAACUACCUUUUAGCGCAGUGGUUAUUUCUGACACCAGUUGCCUCAGUAUCCGUAGCGUGCCAGACCUGUUUUAGUAAGGAUGGUAGGGAGCCUGUGGAAAAUCUAUUGUAGGUUUGGAAAGGUGAUGGUAGGUAGCAUGAGUAAAAGUGCAGGUAUGUAGGGAAUAAUAAUAAAGAUAACUAAAAGGAAAAGAUAGUAAAUUAAUUAGUUCAUUUAUAUAACUAACUACUUAUUCCAAACAUCAU